AGGGGAGAAUGGAAGCUAGAAACCGCAGCAAGGAAACCCGAGAGCGCAUGCGUCAGGCCCAAAGCCGAAGUGUAAGAUGAGGGGCUAGCAGAGAUGGGGCGGGGCCUAUGGGAGUAGCAAAUAGUGUUUGGGGGCCAGAGGAGGUUAUCCUAAUUCCUUCGGAGGGAGCCAGCUCCUCUCCAAUAGCCAACCUCCAAUCAUUCUUACCACUUAUUGCCCCUUUAUUCUCUGAGAGUCCCUAUGCCAAAUGCCAUAUAAAUAUCUCACUUAAUCCUUGUGCCACCUCUACAGAGUAUUACAACACAGAAGGGCCAAGAAACUUGCCUGAGGUUGGGCAGUUAAUAUGUGCCAAAGCCAGUAUUCCUACUCAAAUCUGCCUGACUUCAGAACCUAUGCUCUUUUCACCUUACUAUACUGCCCCACCCUGAGGGAAGCCCCCAGCCCAGGCCUAGCAUUGGUGUAAACCAAGUCCAAAACCACCUGCGACCUGGGCUCCAGCCCCUUCUUGGCCUUGGUUUCCCAGGCGGUGCAAGGCAGACUUCAGUGGCUCUGAUGGGGGUGGGGACAGGCUCUGGGGUGGACAUGAGUGCAAACUGCUACCAUGGAAUGCCCUGGUGUGGCCUUUACCCUCGAGGCAGACUCAAAGCCAGAGGCAGCUGGGAGCCUCCCCACUGCAGCUCAUGCCCCGGAUCAAGGCUUCAUGAAGUCAUCUGAGAGCCGGCAAGACAUAUCACUUCUUCAUCCCAUAACUAGCUCUGGCAGAAGGACAGAUACAGACUUUUCUCUGUUUCUGUUGUGAAGACAAAAGCCCGUAUAGGCAGAGGACUCUCUCUCCCCCUCCCCAAAAUAUUUCUGAUGAUAGCCCUUUGGUUCUUCAGAAAGUCUAGGGGAACUUUCAUCUCCCUUCUCCCCCCCUUUGACAUAUGCAGCCCAUUUUAACCUUCUCUUUUGAGAAAUCAGCCAUUUUCAUAACAGAACCACUGUUCAAACCUUCCCCCAUAAACCCUGUGGGCACCCUUUAGAUGAGGUCCUCCAUGCCUCCUCGCCACUUUUCUCCGACUCUAUAACUCAGGAACCCUCCCCUGAGCCCCAUAAUCCAGAAGCUCAUCCAAUAGCCAUACAGCUCCCACUUAGUUUGUGACCCAGGCCUGAAGAACUUUUCCUAUCACGAAUCCUUGGAGGCAAUCACCUCCUCUGCACCCCAGAUCUCUACUUUAACUCAGUCCUCAGAACCAAAUAGCCUUACACAGGAGUCUAAAUCUAUUAAACAUCUAUUAUGUGUUAGAUGCAGAAUAUCCUUUGUUUCAUUUAAUCCUCACAAUUCUUACAUCAGAGGUGAAGAAACUGAGGCUGAGAGGUGACUUGCAGAGGUAUGUCUGAUUCCAUGUUGUCAUGGAAUUUGGGGUUAGGGGGUGGCCUGGGGAGGAAAAUGUCCUGUUCUCUCUAGAGGCCCCUGUGACUUGCUGAGUCACUUGCUGCUGUCUCACCUGUCCCUGCCAAUCUCUAGGAAAGGAAUGACACUGGAGAGGCAGAGUUGUGACCGCAGAGACAGAGGGGCAGGUGGGCCGGCCCAUGGCGGAGGCCUCGCUCCCACAGCUGAGGGGAGAUGCCGAAGUCACGCCUUGCCCCACUGUCCUGGAACUAGAGGAGCUCCUGAGGGCAGGGAAGUUUUCUUCCAGCCGCGUGGACGAAGUUUGGCCCAACCUUUACAUAGGAGAUGCGGCCACGGCAAAUAACCGCUUUGAGCUAUGGAAGCUGGGCAUCACCCACGUGCUGAAUGCUGCCCAUGGGGGCCUCUACUGUCAGGGCAGCCCUGACUUCUACGGCAGCACUGUGAGCUACCUGGGGGUGCCAGCCCACGACCUCCCUGAGUUCGACAUCAGUGCCUACUUCUCCUCUGCAGCUGACUUCAUCCACCGUGCCCUCAGCACACCCGGGGGGUCCUGGUGCACUGCGUGGUAGGGGUGAGCCGCUCUGCCACGCUGGUCCUCGCCUACCUCAUGCUGCGCCAGCAGCUGUCCCUGCGUCAGGCAGUGAU